AAGGAAAAAAUAACUCUCAAACAAGUAAAGUCUAGUGGGGAAUUAAUUGUCUAUUCGGAAAUUGCUGACGCCGAGAAAAUUGUCGCUAAAUUAGGAUUAGAUUUUCAAUUAAUUAAUAAAAAAGAAGAAGACAAGGUUAUUUUACCCAAGCCACCUUUAACUACUUCGCUGCUGCUUUUUGAAGCCAAAUCUCAACUCGGCUUUGCUAUUGCCCAAACCACUCAAUUAGCCCAAAAACUAUACGAGGGAAUUAAUUUGGUUAGUCUUGGGAAACAAGACGCUCACGAGGCUAUUCAUCCAACUUACCUUGACUAUCACCCGGAUAAUGAGGAAAUUAAAACCUCCCUGACCGUGGAAGAACACCAAUUAUACCAGUUAAUUUUUCGGCAUACCCUAACUAACUUUAUGGCUCCGGCUCGGAUUAAAAAGAUUACUUACCAGUUUACCAAUAAUGAUUAUUAUUUUUCUACUAACGAAAGAGUUAACAAGUUUUUCGGCUUUUUGGCUGUGGGCCCGGAAGUUUAUUUGGCUAGUUAUAGAGUUAAAAGGAGAGCCAAAUUAGGUGAAAUUUCGCAUUUGGCUGCUCAAAAAAUUGAAAUCCAAGAAUACCUGGAAAAUAAACCUGUCCGUUAUAACGAAGGAAGUCUGGUCCAAGAACUAGAAAGACUAGGCAUUGGCCGUCCUUCGACUUAUAAUACCUUUGGACGGAUAAUUCGGGAACGUAAAUACGCCGAAUUGAAUGUCAAAGGUCAGUUUGUUCCUACGGAUUUAGAAGGAGAGUUAGACCGUAUUAGCCGUGGCGAAAACAACUACUACCAUUUCAUUAAAAAUUUUUGGGAAACUUUUAUCCAGCAUUUUCGGAAAGAAAGUUCAAAUAAAGACUCCAACAUUUCAUUUUCGCCCUUUGUUAAAGUCAUUAAAAUAAAAUUAAAAGUAAUUUUAGCCAUGACAAAAGGAGCAAAUGUAAUUAAUUUUGCCGUUAACGAAUUGGUUAACGAUGCCGAAUUUAGUUUUGCUAUCGAA